UCUGCGAGGAAUGUCUCCAAUUGGACUUACUCGAGGUGCUAACAUCAGCACUACCUCCCAUGUUUCACUCGCCUGUCCUCCGAGAGCUGCUGUCUGGCAGCCCCUUCUGGAACCCAGCCUGACUGGAGCACCAAAGGAAAUCUCUGAUUCUGUACUGUUUCUGGACCUGCCUGCUCUGAGUUGCAUUUUACAUCCUCAAGACCUGUCAGAAAUGGGUCUGCACAUGAAGAAUCGUCCUGUGUUUGCUGAAAAAUUGGUACCGAAGACACUCUCCAUGGUUUGUGCAACAGGUGAGACAGAAGAAGAAGAAGGAGGAGGAAGAGAAGGAGAAAGAGAAGGAGAAGGUGAAGAAAGAAGAAAGAAGAAGAAGAAGAAGAAGAAGAGGAAGAGGAAGAGGAAGAGGAAGAGGAAGAGGAAGAGGAAGAAGAAGAAGAAAAGAAAGGCUGAGACUCAGGAUAUUUUCCUGAAGCAAAUGCAAUGCAGGAGAAAGCUUCUCCCAAACAGAGCAGAAGUCAGAAAAAUAAAUGAAGCAAACCUUUAAAGUUGGUAUUUAAAGUGAUAUUGCAGGUCUCUAUCCUCAGAAGUGAUAAGCCAACUCUCCCACCCGGAGCCCUUUCCCCUUGCCCUGUCCGUGCUCUCAUGAAAACUUGUUUCUUCCACUCAGAGCAGGUAAAAUGGGAAUGAAAAUGUGUCUGCUCCCCAAGGGAUGCCUGUGACCUGUACCUGCACAAGCUGGCUUCUAGUGACCUUAGGGCAUGAGAUCCAUGUAAAAAUGGGAGGAGAGAGAUACCUGUGGAAAAGCCCCCCCUUCCAGUGAUGAUGCUUCCUUAGAGGCUGCCUGCCAGCUGCAGUCAGCCUGUCUCCAAAAAAGCCUCAAAGGGUGAUUUGUACCUGAGGGUACUAGCCUCAGUGUCCCACCCCCUGUCUCUCCACCCUGCACCUUUUCUCUGGAAGAACCAUAGAUUGGGAGCAAGAGUAGGAGACACGUGAAAGAAUCCAAGAUAGCAGUUGGGAAACGAGGGCACCCCAGGUGGCUCAGUGGUUUAGUGCUGCUUUCAAGCCGAGGGUGUGAUCCUGGAGGCCCGGGAUCGAGUCCCGGAUCAGGCUCUCUGCAUGUAGCCUAUUUCUUCCUGUGUCUGUGCCUCUCUCUUUCUCAUUCUCUGUCUCUCUAUGUGUCUC